AUGUCUGUGCCACUAAAACCCUUAUCUAUAGACUUCAAUAACAGGCAAUUAGAUUCCAAGCAGAAAAAAUUCCAUUCCAGCAUUGAACGCGCUUUACAACAUUUCGAUUCCGUGACAGAAUGGGCAGACUAUAUCGCUAGCUUAGGCAAACUUUUGAAGGCCCUACAAAGCUGGACACCACAAUUUCAAAAUGUGAAAUAUUAUGUGCCGUAUCCCUAUCAAGUGAGCAGACGUCUCGCAUCGUCUUUGUCCCCUAACUUGCCCUCUGGUGUUCAUUUGAAAACCAUUGAAGUCUACAACAUCAUAUUCGCCAAGAUCGGAAUUGAGGCCCUCAAUAAGGAAUGUAACAUUUGGGUUCCUGGCAUAUUGCCCUUGAUGUCUUAUGCAUCCAUAUCUGUAAAGGCUCCAUUAAUUGAACUUUACGAAAACUAUUUGAUACAACUUUCCCCAUCCGCACUGCGUCUCCUAAUAAAACCUCUCCUAGCAAGUCUCUUUCCAGAUGUCGACGACGAGAGUAGCGAGUCUCAGCCAGCUACUCUCAUUUUGAUUGAGACGUUGCGCGAAAAUGUGGCUGACGAACCUCUCUUCUGGCAGAGCUGUUUUAUGGUUAUGAUCAACAAUAAAGAGCGGAGGCUUGGUGGUCUUGCAUGGCUUACCAAAACCCUCCCUUCUCUCAAUGCUGUUCCUCACAAAGUGCAGCGUAGUAAAACGGAGGAAGCAUCUGAAGGGCAAGCUGCGAGCGAUACGAAGAACAAGCGUCAAUCAACUCUUAAACUUCUUCUUCCAGCCGCAAAGGAUGUUGUCCAUCCUGAGCCUGGCCUUUUAAUACGAUGCUUGGUUAGUUGUUUGCAAGAGGAAAACGAGCUACUUAUAAAAAGGGGGAUAUUAGAUUUGCUGUUGCAGCGAAUUAAUCUGGACUCACCUGUUCUCCAAGAUUUGACGUCACCUUCAGACUUUAACCUAUUAAUGAUGAGUUGUUGCAAUACAAUGUUGAGCAGGGAUAUGUCAAUCAGUAGGCGAAUUUGGAAUUGGCUUCUUGGACCGGCAUCUACAACAGGAAAUUCUUUACAAGAAGCCAACGCCAAUGAUUAUUUCCCUCGUUUUGGUGAGGCCGGUCUUGAGGCAGGCCUUGCUGCGAUGAUAAACGAUGAAGAGAAAGUCCCGGAAGCGUUCAAGAUUUGUUUAGCAAUCAUGGAUCGCUGGGAAAUAGCGUCGCACAUCAUUCCUAAAGUAUUUGUACCUCUGAUGCAGGCUGCUUUCAAGUUCCAAGAAAAUCAGAUCGUUAUGAAAAACGCAUCCGCUUUUUUCGACUCAGUAGAGACUAAUGUGAUUUGCAGUCACCUCUUCCGUGCAACCAUUGAGAAACACGAUCUCGAUCUUCUAGUUUUUGUUCUUUCCAGAUUCAAGAUUGGGCACGAUGAAGAAAUCGUUGUGCGCCAUUUACCUCUUAUUCUAUUGGCAAUUCUUUGCAGGCACACAGACUUUGCAGUUACGAAGUUUCAUAUUGUAUGUGAACUUUUACUUGAGUUGAUUCCGGAAAGAGCUUAUUUGCCAAUCAAACACUCAGGUCUCGCAAACAGCUUCGAACACAAACAGAAAGACGACAUUUCUGCUAUAUCUGACUACUACACGAGCUUUUUAAACGGGAAUGCUCAUAAUGUAAACGAGGUAUGCGAUGUUUCUCCGCCUUUUUCCACCGAAGACUUGACAUUCAUGAUAGUAUUAAGAAUGCAUGAUUGUCUAUUGUUUUACUCGGAUGAAGCAUCUCAGCUCAACCAAAUGGUUGAUCUGUUUGUAUUUUUCUUCGACAGGGUUCCUCAGGGUGAUAGUAUUGGUGAUAGUCAGGGGGAUAUUGAUGACAAAAAUUGCCAUGUUGGUCUAUCAAGGCCGAUAGUUAAUAAGCUUUUCGAGGCAAAGAAAAGUUUGGAAUCAGGAACAGAUUCAAUUUUUGGGUGGGUCAAACUUUACAGCAAUUAUCUGGCUUCCGACCUCACUGUUAUAGAAGCUGCAAAACUUACGAAGGUUCUAGUGGCAGGUCUUUGGAUUUAUCUAAUCAAUCCUGACACACAAAUAGAGGCAGUCAAAUGUUUAGAUGCGCUAGAGACAUCCGUUGGUGGGAGGUAUGUUGAAAGCUCUUUGUCAUUUGCUUUUCUUGAAGAUAAAGACAUCGACACUAGGAUAAGCGCACUCGACGCGCUUUGGACACAUUCGGAAAACACGGGAACAUUAGCGCGCAGGCCAUUAGAGUUGGUCUUAGAAGAACUUUUUGACAAUCAAGAUCCAAAUUAUCUUAGCACAUCUAGGUGGGUGACUGGGGUUAUAAAACACGGUUUUGCCAAUAGAUUAUACCACGUUUUGUGCGAAAAUCUCCUCAAUCAGAAGCUGAUUGAGAAGAGUGAGCUGGAAGACCUGGAUGAUAUUGAUUCGUUUGUGUACUAUUGCCAAAUUCUCAUAAACGUCCUCAAAGUUGAGCAUCCAAUCGUGCUGAAGUCAUUUGAGACAGAGCAAACCUCCGUGCAACCACUUGAAUUGUGGAAAGGGGAAGAUGUGACUAACUAUAAGAAUCUCGCUAUCGCAAUCGCCACUAAAUUUCUAAAAAUCAAGAACACCACAGGCAAGAGUGUGCGAACAGUUUUACUUCUGCUCGGUAUUCUGCUUGAUGGUACGGAGCAGAAUUUUCAGCUUAUCGUGACCUUCCUUCUAGAACUCACCACUCAACAUUUCAAUACGGGAACCCAAGAAUCAGAGCUGAUUUCGGUUUCACUACUCAAUAUCAUUUCGAGGGUGUUAGCAUUAUCUCAUGACAAGCAAUUGACACUAGGCAUUUUUGAGGAUGAUAAUUCUCACUUGCGGUAUAUUGAUUUUCUUGUGACUGGUGUAAUGAGUAUGCAAAAGCCUCUGAUAAUACACUCCUACGUCAAACUUUUAUCAGAAAGCUUGGUUUAUUUUCAGAACUCAAUAUUCUCGAUUAUUCUUCCUUUAACCACCUCCAUUACUGAAUGCAUCAAGAAUUUAUUCAGGGGACACUCUGAAAAAGGUCACACAUACCAAUCGAUAGCAUACCUCAUUAAUGGUUUGCAAGAAUUGAUGGAAGUCUCGCACAGCUACCUUUCUGCAGAGGAGAGUGGGGGUUAUUUGGGAUCUGCUCCUUCAAGGAAUGAAUUUUUGCAAAAUAUGGUUGCUAACGUUUUUUCCAAUGAUUCUGGAAGCGUGGAUUCUAAGCUAAGGCACGAACGGGAGAUUGUGGUUCAAUCCUUCAAGCUGGUAGUCAAUUGCUGUCUAGAGAUAUGGACCUGGGCACAAAACUAUUCCAAGAGCAAAGAAAUCGAAACAUUAGGAGGGGAGGUUAGUUUGUUCGGAGGCUCCCUUCAUCAUCAGGCCUAUAAGUACAAAUCUCAGUCAAAAAAGCUUCUAAGCGCAGUGUUCGCACUUGAACCUUUAGAAGUCUUGGAAGAGUUGAUAUCAGAACACCCCGAUAACGUGAGUUUAACGCUCAUUCAUGCCCUCGACGGCAACAAGCCCGCUCUCACUCUGCCUCAUUUGUUCCAAGGCAUUGUUUAUCGUUGUAACAAGUUUUCGACUGUAACGUUUUCAAAUACCGUGUCUUCGAAAAGUGCACCAAGCCCUCUUUUAAUAAACCAACUCAAUGCAAAGGUAUUACUGAAAUUCAUUUUAGAAUAUUUGACCGGGUUGGAAAACGCAGCGAUCGAAGACUUCUACUACGACUUUAUGUGUUUCAUAAAGGAAACCUUGAAUUAUUACCAGCACUAUAAAAAGCUUUCCUCUCUACUUUUAAUGGCCCAGGCAAUUGUCUGCGAAAAAGUCAAUAACUCACGAUUCGGCGAGGAAAAGACGGUAAAAAGGGAGCUGUCCGACUUGUUCUGCAAGUUCCUUCAAACCGCAUUAGCGGAGGACGCAAACUCUUCAGAAGAUGCAGCUCUUAAUGACUUAAAUGCUGUUUGUUCAAAACUCAAAUUUAUUGUGAUGGAUUAUCCAGCAGGUGACAAGUUCACUUCUUGUAUCUCAACAAUAGUACAAUCGGCAAUUUCCCCAAGCUUCAAAAAACAGAGCGAACAACCUAUUCCAGAACGCGUCUUGAAGCUAGUUCUCACGGUUUCUCACAUGGCUAGCAAGGUCAAAUCCUUUAAGACACUGAUAAGUGACGAAUUUGGUAAUGAUAAGAAGUUUGCGUUGUUUGAAGAAUGCCCUUUGUGGAGUCAAAUUGUAUUUGAAUGGUCUAAUUAUUCAGAAAACAAAGAAAAACUCAUGUACGAAUUGCUUGUCUCCACAAGUGCUAAAGCAAAUGCCAUCAGCCCCAAUAUCAAUCCGUUCACUGCUUGGAGCGAUUCCGAAGUUCAAUUAAGAUGCCACAACAUAUUACGGAUUUGUUAUUUGCUUUUGAUCUCGCCUCAGGAUCACUAUAUCCUAAACUUCAAAAUAAUAAUGACACAACUGGAACAAAGUUUAAUCUCAGAGGACCUCAAAAUUAGAUCCUGCUCAUUUCUGCUUCUGAGGUGUGUGCUACUUCAAUUUUCGGCCAUGCAUUUUAUAGAAUAUUGGAGUAUGCUUUCGUACAGCUUACAAACAGGAUUACAGAAUUUUUUCGAAUGCUUGCAAAUGCAACAGAACACUGAUCCCAAUGUUAUACUUCAGGUUGCCAAAUGCGUCGAUUUAAUCUUAACUUUGAACUUCGAAGAAUUCUCCGCUAGCUAUGAGUGGCUUUUCGUCAUUGAUACCAUGAACUGUAUUUACAAGACUGAUCCGUAUAUUAGCUUGGCCGAUGAGAUUAGUGAUUGCAAGGAUUUCAUAAAAAGCGAUGUUAACGAAUUUGAAGUCACGGAGCAUUCUCAGUUCAGAGCGCCCUUGUUGCAAGGCGUACAUGCCAUCGUGAAGCAUACGCAACUCCGAAAAUUCUUCCACAACGUCAGUUAUGCACAUUACGAAGAAAUGUAUUCGUUGAAGACUGUGGACUGGAGCGCUUGUCGUAAGGACGUUCUGGCAGACAUAUUUGCAUUCAUCAGGGCUUAA